UGGGCCCCGGAGGCGGCCGGUGGCCUCAUCGCUCUCCGCGUCCUCAUGCUGGAUGCCAUCCCGGCCAUGCUGGGCUGUGGGGACCGGCCGGUCCUCCAUGCUGUCUUUCUCAGCAACAACUGCUUCGAGCACAUCAUCCGCCUCCUCCAAAACAGCAAGCUCUACCUCGGCAGCUCGCGGGAAGCAGGCGAAGCCCGGGAUGAGGUCCCUGUGCGGCCACCAGAUGGGAAUGACCUCCAGCAGGUCUUCGACGGCAGCUCCGAUGCCAUCGCAGUCCACGCCAUCGGGGUGCUCACCGCCAUCAUGAGCAACUCGCCCUCAGCCAAGGAGGUCUUCAAGGAGCGCAUCGGCUACGCCCACCUCUACGAGGUCUUGAAGAGCCAGGGCCAGCCCACCCAACGUCUGCUCCAGGAGCUCCUCAACAUGGCAGUGGAGGGUGACCACAGCUCCUUCCCAGUGCGCUCCAUCCGGGGGCGGCGGCAGCUGCUGCGGCUGCUGCGGCGCGAGAGGGGUCAGGGACCACAUCCCUACGCGACAGCCGUCAUCCGGGCGCUCUCGGGGAUGGCGCGGGUCGAGGGACCCCCCCGGGCACUGCAGUGCUUCGACCUGACGCCCGGCAUGGCGGGGAUCAUGGUGCCCGCCAUCCAGAAGUGGCCCGGUGGUGCCUUCGCCUUCCACGCCUGGUUGUGCCUGAGCGAGGAGGAGCCCGAGCCACCAGCAAGACCGAAGAGGAGGCAGCUUUACAGCUUCUUCACGGCCGGCGGGACGGGCUUUGAGGCGUUCUUUACCGCCGGCGGCGUGUUGGUGGUGGCCGUCUGCACCAAGAAGGACUACAUGACGGUGGCAUUGCCAGAGUUUGCCUUCAAUGACUCGGCUUGGCACUGCAUUGACAUUGUCCACGUUGCCGGCCGCCGGCCCUUCGGCCAGAACAUCGUCAGCAUCUAUGCUGAUGGGCACCUGCGGAAGACAGCGCAGCUCCGCUUCCCCUCCCUCCACGAGUCCUUCACCUCCUGCUGCAUCGGCUCCGCAGCAGCCGGCAGCCAAGACACCGAGUGGGGCAGCCCCACCUCCCUGGAGGGUCACCUGGGCUCUGUGGCCAUCUUCUGCGAGGCUCUGCAGCAAGCCCAGGUCAAGGCGCUCUUCUGUGCGGGGCCAAAUGUCACAUCACCGUUCACACUGGAAGGUGACUUGGUGGAGCUCAGUGGCAAGCUCUUGCUGUACUACACCCCACAGGCCUGCAGGAACAACAUCUGCCUGGACCUCUCUCCCAGCCACAGCUUGGACGGGAGGCUGACGGGGCACAAGGUGGUCAACUGGGACAUCAAGGACGUGGUCAACUGCGUGGGUGGGAUGGGCGUGCUGCUGCCCCUGCUCGAGCAAGUGGUGUCCAAGAAGGAGGAGCCCGAGGAUGAGCAGGAGACCAACGACCUGGUGGGGCCAGAGCUGACAUCCUCCCGGAAUGCCCAAGGCAUGCUCAUCCCGCUGGGCAGGUCCUCAGAGAGCAGGCUGGAGAGGAACAGCGUGGCCGCCUUCCUGCUGCUGGUGAAGAACUUCAUCCAGAACCACCCGGUGAACCAGGAGAGCCUGGUGCAGUGCCACGGGCCCGCCAUCAUCGGGGCACUGCUGCAGAAGGUCUCCGGUCCGCUGCUGGACAUGAGCACAUUGAUGGCCUCGCAGAUCCUCAUGGAGCGGGUGGCCUCCGAGGGCAGCGGGCUCCUGCUGCACCUCCUCUACCAGCAUCUCCUCUUCGACUUCCGCAUCUGGAGCAACAGCGACUUUGCCGUCCGCUUAGGUCAUAUCCAGUACCUGGCCAACGUCAUCAAGGACCACAAGCAGCGCAUCUGCAAGAAGUAUGGGGUGCAGUACAUCCUCGACUCCAUCCGGACGUACUACAGCACCUCCAGGGAGAAGACCACAGCCACUGACGACAUCAAGACAGUGCAGACAUCGCUCUUCAGCUUGGUGAAGGAUUUCUUCUGCAGGAGCUUCUCUGGGGAGGAGAUGCAGAGCUUGCUGAGCUAUGUGGCUGGGGCACAAGAUGAGCAGCAGGUCUGCGGAGCACUGGAGGUGAUCCACAGCCUGCUGAAGGGCUCACCUGCCCAGGAGCAGCUCUUCACCUUCCUCUUUGAGCCAGGCCACGUGGAGGUCCUCUUCUCACUGCUGGUGCAGAAGAAGUUCUCAGAUGAAGUGCGGGAGAGGGUCUUCAAGGUCCUCUACAAGAUGCUGAAGUAUGAGAAGGUCCCCGAGCGCAGCAAGAACCGCCUGAAGCUGAAGGACAUCGGGUACCAGGGGCUCAUCACCUGCCUCAGCGACAUCCCCGGCUCCAUGCUGCUCUUCCGCUGCCUCUCAGAGCAGGUCCUCGGGGCAGACCCCCCCAACUACAAGGACCUGGUGGCCGUGGUUUACCUGUCCCACCGGGCGGAUCUGACUGUCCGGCUCGAUAUCUGCCGCAAGCUCUUCCACUUGAUUUACGCGAGCAACGGGGGCUGCCUGGAGCUCCUCCGCCUCUCAGACACCCCCGGCAAAGAGGGGACGAGCCCGCCGCCAGCUGAGGAGCUGGACGUCUUCCUCCCACUGGGCUACGAGGCCUCCGACCAGGAACUCUCCGAGGGCUUCUCCGAUCACUCCAUCUCCCCGAGCGGCCGCACCAAGUCCUUCCACUCCUACAACUUCAAGUCUUUCGACUCCUCUGACCGGGCCAGCCGGUCAUCCUCCAACCCCGGUGAUGGUCCUCCCUUCGAUGGUGUCUACCACCCGCUCUCGCCCUUCUCCACCUCACCCUUCGACCUGGGGCUCGACCUGGCCAGCACCAGCUCCAUCGCCACAGCUGAGAGCGGCACGCAGACCCCCGCCAGCGGCCCCGGCACCCCCUCUCCCCUGGAGAGCUUCAAGCCCUUCCCGGGGAUGCGAGCACGCAAGAGCUCCAGCCUCUCAAACGUCCUGGAUGAGAGCAGCUACCAGGAUGCGCUGCCCAGUGACAACGUUUCCAACACCAGCAACCCCCAGCAAACACCCGAGGAGGAGCUGUGCAACCUCCUGACCAACAUCAUCUUCUCGGUGACCUGGCGUGGGGUGGAGGGCUGGGACGAUGCAGCGUGGAGGGAACGCGGGCAGGUCUUCUCUGUCCUCACCAAGCUGGGGACGGCAUGCGAGCUGGUGCGGCCUCCCGAUGAGAUCAAGCGCAGCCUGCUGGAGAUGAUGCUGGAGUCGGCGCUGACGGACCUGAAGGAGUCGGGGCCGGCCACCCUGCCCGGUCUCAGCCACAACGCCCUCAAAUUGCUGCGGCUGCUCCAGGACUUCUUGUUCUCGGAGGGACACAACAACCAGGCCCUGUGGAGCGAGAAGAUCUACGAGGGGGUGAGCAGUCUGCUGGACAAGCUGGGCGUCUGGUACCACCUGGCCAAUGGCACCUCCGACCUCAAGGAGAUGGCCCAGACGGGUCUACGCAUCCUCGUGGGCUACAUCCUCCUGCAAGACCCCCAGCUGCACUCACUGGCGUACGUGAAGCUGCACAGCCUGCUGCAGACCGCCUCGGCCCCCAAGAAGGAUGAGGCUUGCUACCUGCUGGGCAAGCUGGAGACCCCGCUGCGACGUUCAUUGGAUGCCAAGUCAGAGACUUUCUCCUGGUUGGUGUCCAUCGUUCGGACGCUCAUGGACCAGUGCUAUGAGACCCUGCAGCUGCAGCUUUUCCUGCCCUCGCUGCCCCCCACCAAUGGCAGCCCCACUUUCUAUGAGGACUUCCAGCUCUUCUGCACCACCCCAGAGUGGAGGGGCUUCAUCGAGAAGCAUGUGCAGCCCACCAUGGCCCAGUUUGAGAUGGACACCUUUGCCAAGAGCCACGACCACAUGUCCAAUUUCUGGAAUGCCUGCUACGAUGCCAUGAUGAGCAGCUCCCAGCGGCGGGAGCAGGAGAAGGCGGCCAGCCGCAAGAUGUUCCAGGAGCUGGUACUGGAACCAGCAGCGAAGCGCGCCAAGGCGGAAAACGCCCGGCACGCCAACGUGCUCAAGCAGGCCAACAACCACCACAGCACCGUGCUGAAGCAGUGGCGGUCCCUGUGCCGCCUCCUCACCUCGCCCCGCUCCGCUUGGGCUGACCGAAACCCCCAGGAGGUUCGUUGGAAGCUGUCAAGCGCCGAGACCUACUCCCGGAUGAGGUUGAAGCUGGUGCCCAACCUGAAUUUUGACCAGCACUUGGAGGCCAGCGCCCUACGGGACAACCUGGGAGCCAACCACCUCCACAACCCUACCGAAUCCCUCCCCCUUGCCAUGGCCAAGGAGGCCAAGGUGAGCGAGCUGGAGGAUGACCAACUGGCUGAGGAGGACCUCCCCGUCCUGGACAACCAAGCUGAGCCCAAGGAGCAGAACCAGCGGGAGAAGCUGGUGGUCUCGGAGGACUGCGAGCUCAUCACGACGGUGGCUGUUAUCCCCGGCCGCCUGGAGGUGACAACCCAGCACAUCUACUUCUACGACGGCAGCAGCGAGAAGGAGGAGACGGAGGGAGGGAUCGGCUAUGACUUCAAGCGUCCCUUGUCCCACCUGCGUGAGGUCCACCUACGCCGCUACAACCUGCGCCGCUCCGCGCUCGAGCUCUUCUUCAUCGACCAGGCCAACUACUUCCUCAACUUCAAAAAAAAGGUGGUGGCACCCUUCUUCCCCCACCAAACCCCUCCCGGGGCCAUGGCACUGCCCAGGCUCCAGCCACUCCAUGUCCUACCCACACACCCCCAGGUGAGAAACAAGGUGUACUCCUGCGUCCUCAGCCUGCGUCCCCCCAGCCAGAUCUACUUCGGCAGCCGGUCACCCCAGGAGCUGCUGAAAGCCUCGGGGCUCACCCAGAAAUGGGUCCUGCGGGAGAUCUCCAACUUCGAGUACCUCAUGCAGCUGAAUACAAUCGCGGGGCGCACCUACAAUGACCUCUCCCAGUACCCCGUGUUCCCCUGGAUCCUGCGGGAUUACGUCUCGGAGACCCUUGACCUCACCGACCCAGCCGUGUUUCGGGACCUGUCCAAGCCCAUCGGGGUGGCCAACGAGCGGCAUGCCCGGGACGUGAAGGAGAAGUACGAGAGCUUUGAGGACCCCACGGGCACGGUGGACAAGUUCCACUACGGCACACACUACUCCAACGCGGCAGGCGUCAUGCACUACCUGAUCCGCACCGAGCCCUUCACCACCCUCCAUCCUGUAGACGUCCAGGAGCUCAUCCCCGAGUUCUUCUACUUCCCUGAGUUCCUGGAGAACCAGAAUGGCUUCGACCUGGGCUGCCUGCAGCUCUCCAACGAGAAGGUGGGCGACGUGGUGCUGCCCCGGUGGGCACGCUCCCGCGAGGACUUCAUCUACCAGCACCGCAAAGCCUUGGAGUCAGAGUACGUCUCAGCCCACCUCCACGAGUGGAUCGACCUCAUUUUUGGGUACAAGCAACGAGGCCCGGCCGCCGUGGAGGCCCUCAAUGUCUUCUACUACUGCACCUACGAGGGGGCCGUGGACUUGGAUGCCAUUGCCAACGAGACACAGAGGAAGGCCCUGGAGGGCAUCAUCAGCAACUUUGGGCAGACGCCCUGCCAGCUGCUCAAGGAGCCCCAUCCUGCCCGGCUGUCGGCAGAGAGCGCUGCCCGGAGGCUGGCCCGCCUCGACACCCGCUCACCCAACGUCUUCGAGAACCUGGACCAACUCAAGUCCUUCUUCGUGGAGGGUAUCAGCGAUGGGGUGGCCCUGGUGCAAGCCGUGGUCCCCAAGAACCAGGCACACUCCUUCAUCACUCAGGGAUCACCCGACGUCCUGGUCACCGUGAGUGCCAACGGCUUGUUGGGGACCCAUAACUGGUUGCCCUAUGACAAGAACAUCUCCAACUACUUCAGCUUCACCAAAGACCCCACCGUCUCCAACGCAAAGACCCAGCGCUUCCUGCAGGGGCCCUUCGCCCCCGGCGCGGACCUGUGCUUCCGCACGCUGGCCGUGUCCCCCGACGGGAAGCUGCUCUUCAGCGGGGGACAUUGGGACAACAGCCUCCGCGUCACCUCGCUGGCCAAAGGGAAGGUGGUUGGGCACAUAACCCGGCACAUAGAUGUUGUCACCUGCCUGGCACUCGACCUCUGCGGCAUCUACCUCAUUUCUGGGUCCCGGGACACCACCUGCAUGGUGUGGCAGGUCCUACAGCAGGGGGGGUUUUCCAGCGGCUUGGCUCCCAAACCUGUCCAGGUCCUGUACGGCCACGACGCUGAGGUGACAUGCGUGGCCAUCAGCACCGAGCUGGACAUGGCGGUGUCGGGCUCUGAGGAUGGCACCAUCAUCAUCCACACCAUCCGCCGGGGGCUCUUCAUCCGGUCCCUGCGGCCGCCCGGCGAGAGCUCACCACCCGCCGUCCUCUCCCACCUGGCUGUGGGGCCGGAGGGGCAAGUGGUCGCCCAGACCUCCGUGGGUCAACGGGCCUGCUUGAAGGACAGGUUUGCGCUGCACCUCUACUCGGUGAACGGGAAGCACCUCUCCUCCGUCCCACUGGACGAGGAGGUGACGGCCAUGUGCCUGACGGAGGAGUUCGUGGUGCUGGGGACCAUGCAGUGCGGGCUGGAGAUCCGUGACCUCCAGAGCCUCAGGGCGGCCGUGGCCCCCGUGCCCAUGCGGGUGCCCGUCCACAGCGUGUCCGUCACCAAGGAGAAGAGUCACAUCUUGGUGGGGUUGGAGGACGGCAAGCUCAUCGUGGUGGGGGCUGGGCAGCCCGCUGAG